AUGCAGACAGCCAUCUUAGAGGUCAGCACAGCAGCGGCUCAAACAUGGGUAGUGCAAGGGAACUUCGACCUCGCAGUCGCUGGGGCACUCUACGCCACGAGGACAGCCGAAAUGCUCUUUGGGGCAGACUCCUUAGAAGUCGUUCAUCCUCAACUUCUUCUUGCACAGAUCUACUUGGGGCUGCAACAGCUGCAUUCAGCAGAAGAAUUGUUAAACAUGGCAGAACGCGGACUCGCCAAACACCCAGAGGCCGGCCGUUCUGCUCGCUGUAGCCUCUACAGGAACUUCGGGCGGCUCUAUGCUUGUCAGAGCAAAUAUGAUGAGGCUCUCCGUGCUUGCGCAAUGGAUGUGUACUGCGCCGCCUGCGAGUUUGGCCCCACGAGCUUCCGUAUGGUGCCUUCUUUCUUUAACAUGGUAGGCCUCUCUGUUCAGGUGUUGAACAUAACCGACUUAGAAAUCCAGGAAGCCAUGGAAACCGUGCGCCAAAUCAUUGAGUACUCAAAAGGCAAUCAUUCAGAUUCCCCUGAGCUUCACUGUAUGGCCCUUUGCGCAAUGGGUCUCAUUCAUGCUCAGAUAAGUGAACUCGAAAAAGCCGAAAGCUAUAUCCAACAGGCAGAGACCAGAACCCUUGCCGAAACCCAAGAGGCAGAUGCUUUGGUGGAGGACUGGUCAGCUCGCCAGGAAGCCCAAGACGAAGCUGAAGAGAAAGCAGAGGUGGCUAUUGAAGAGGCCACCCAUGUUGCAGCAGAAGCAGCAGAGGCCGCAGCACCAGGUGACCCCCAAUUCUUCUCAAAGUCUCUUGUUGAGUAG